AUUUAAUUCUGUGUAUUAAAGCCUAAAAAACCAACCAUUAAAAAGCCUAAAAAGGAAUAAACUGAAGAAGGAGUAACAAGUUUCUAUAAUAUUAGAUAAUGUCUUUAAUUCAAAACUUAUUAAACAAUCUCAAUUAAAACCCAGAACAAAUAAAAAGAUAAAGUGAAUAGUAAAUCUAAAAAGUCCAAACAACUAAUGAUGGUAUUGUAGUGUAUCAUCCUUACUUUAAGAAAAGUAAAAAAUACUCUAAUACUAAAAGUUGAAUAUCAAAGUAAGAAACCUCAAUAGAAUGACUCUAUAGAACCAACAAUAGAGUUAGACAAUCUUAAAUCAAAAUUUGAAACUAUUAAAAAGACUUUUAGACCCUUAAUACUCAUCUGAUU